AACGUCAAACCCUUGAAGAAAAGCGGCAUCAAAACGCGAGUGACGCCGGGUUUGUUUGGAGAGGAAAAUUUUCGCUUAUUUUCGGUGUUAUUCCACUUAUUUCCCCGUCGGAACCGACCGACUCCGGUGACGCACGAUGAGUGCCGGUGGAAUGCUGUACGGUGGGGACGAGAUCGGCGCACUGGUGUUCGAUCCGGGCCACCACUCGCUGCGGGUUGGCUACGCCCAGGAGGACACACCGAAGGCGGAGAUUCCGGCCGUGGUGGGGGUGGGACCGGCGGAUGCCGCGCUCAACUCGGACCUGGAAACCAAGGCGGACAACAAUGUGGCCAGCACUAACAAAUACUACGUCGACACGACCUUCGUCAGUGUUCCGCGGCCGAAUAUGGAAAUCCAGACGUACAUGAAGGAUGGCAUGGUGGACAACUGGGAUCUGUUUGAGAAAGUGCUGGAUUACGUGUAUGCCAAGGUCGUUCAGUCGGAGUCGAUGUACCACCCGGUGCUGUUUUCGGAGGCCGCUUGGAACGUGCGCAACAACCGGGAGCGUCUGACGGAGCUGAUGUUUGAAAAGUACAGCGUACCGGCGUUUUUCCUCGUCAAGAAUGCCGUGCUGGCGGCGUUUGCCAACGGGCGCGCCACGGCCCUGGUCGUGGACAGCGGGGCGACGCACACGUCGGCCGUGCCGGUUCAUGAAGGCUACGUCCUCAGCCAAGCCGUCGUCAAGUCCCCCCUCGGCGGUGACUACCUGUCGCUGCAGUGCCGCCAGUACCUGGAGAGCCAGACCAUCGACCUGACGCCGGCGUACGGCAUCGCCGCCAAGGACGUCAUCAAGGAGCGCGACAACGCCCGGUUCACGCCGCGCCAGCUGCCCGAAAAGCUGACCUCGUCCUGGCAGCAGUACAUGCUCAAGGGUCUGCUGCAGGACUUCCAGAUGUCGACGGUGCAGGUGCUGGAGACGCCGUACGACGAACGGACCGCGGCCCAGAUUCCGGCCGUGCACUACGAGUUCCCCAACGGCUACCACCAGGACUUUGGUCCGGAGCGAUUCAAGCUGGCGGAGAGCCUCUUCGAUCACACGAUGCUCGGGGCCGGCCAGUUGGCCUCGACCAGCGUCGGAAUGUGCGACGCCGACGUGCGUCUCUCGCUGUACGGCUCGGUGGUGGUCACCGGAGGGAACACCCUGCUGCCGGGCUUCCCCGAGCGGCUGAAUCGAGAUUUGCAGCACCGCGCCCCGUCAAACACGCGCCUCAAGAUGAUCUCGGCCAACGGAUCGGUCGAGCGACGGUUCGGGGCCUGGAUCGGCGGUUCCAUUCUGGCCAGCAUCGGCACAUUCCAGCAGAUGUGGAUCUCGUCCCAGGAGUACGAAGAGUCCGGCAAGAGCCAGGUCGAGCGGAAGUGUCCCUGAAUUUUUCUCGUGUGUGUGUGGUAGAUUUUAAGUAGAUUUUACCGACUCUUUGAACAACCCUCCCUCUGGAUGACGACAAAAUUGUGGAUAAAAUGUGCUUCUUAAACGUAAGUAACUAA